UCGCACGCGUUCGCUAAAUCACACACUCUCUAUCGCACAAAACUUCUCGAAUCAUCCGAAAAAUUGGAUUUUCAAGUGCUUAUUAGUUUUACUUUGGAAUAAUUUAUUAAUGGAUUCUCGAAUCGCUGUGUUAUAUUUGACUUUUGAUCAGAGAAUCGUUGGUGAUUCGUUGCUGCUGCAACAGUGGAAAAUUUAAAUGAAACAUUCUCAUCGACGAAAUUCGCAAACAAAAUUGAAAGUCGGUGCACAGACAAAAUGAUGAUGAGCACUUUUGAUUGGUGCUUCAAAUGAAAUUUUUUUUUUUUAUCAAAGUUCAAAUGAAAAACGUUUCCAUCAGGAAUUAAAUAUACCAAUUCCAAGUUGUUGAGCAUAAUUUUUUUUUAAUCAGUACGACAACAACAAGUUCAACGACAAUCAAACAAUAUGAAAAACCAAUACAGUCAUGAUCGUCUUUUUAAACAUAGAGAAAUGGCACCGCAACGCCUUGCCCGAGUGUCGGAGAUGAAUGAAGAGGGCAGUGAAAAUGAAACAGAAGAUGGUGAAUCAUCACAGAAGAAAAAUAAAAAUCGAUCAGCACGGAAUCCAAAUCAAUUGCAUGUGACCAUCAAUACAAAACCCGAAGAAUUCGAUUGCGAUGGAAAUAGUUCGCAGCACAGCAAUGGUACCACCGGUUCAAGUCGACGGCCAUCGGUUUUGGUGCAAGAAAUUUUAUCAACACGAAGACCGUCAGCUAUUAUGGCUGCAAUUCGAUCACCAAAACAAUUCGUUAAUCGCUAUCGACGAGAGUCAACAUCGUUUGACAAUAUGCCUGAAGUGCCAAUCAACGAAAACGCCUUGCUGUCAAUGAAAAAAAAUCGACGAUUUGGAGAUGAUGCAUUGAGCUCGUCAUUGUCCGCACUUUAUGCCAAAAUCAUAGUUAUAAUUGGAAUAGCAUUGCCUGUGACAGAAGUUUUAACAUCGCAAAUCCCUUCGAUGGUGUACCAGUCAUUCUACGUGUAUUUAUAUACAGUUAGCAUUUUAUUUGUGAUUUUCGUGUAUACCGCACAUAUGCGAACCAGAGCCGUUUUUUCGCUGAUCAAAACCUAUCACGAAAAAACAAACAAUGAUUAUUCGAUGAAAAAAAGGACGACACAUUUUGGUAGCUUUUAUUUGAGAGUGGGAGCCAUUUCCUUUGGGAUUGGCACUAUGGUUUAUAGUGGCUUGGAAUUUGGACAAUAUUUUGAACUAAAUCGUGAAGCCCAUUGUACGACGAUAAUGACUGCUGUAACACCAAUUGCCCGGAUGCUGUUAUCAAUCAUUCAAAUGCAGUUUAUAUUUUUGAAUACCACAGAUUUGGAUAUGGGACGGCAUAAAGUAGUGUCCAGAUUUGGUUUGAUGCACAUGGUAGCUUCAAAUCUAUGUGAAUGGUUACACGUUCUAGUGGAAGAAACCAAACAUGAAAUCCAUCACUUUCAACACAUCCUAGAGAAAUCGAUGAAUACCACACCGUUUAUGAUGGUGGGUAGCAGCCACACCAGAACAACAACACAAGUUCCUAAUGAAACUGAGCGAUUGUUAACAAAACGCCAUAGUGAUAUCAAUCUAGCAGAUUGCAGUGAAUCAACAAUAAUGACAACACUCAUUCAUGAUGCAUCUCCAUUUUUGUUCCCAUGCACAAUCGAGUAUUCUCUCAUAUGUGCGGUCAUCCUGUUUGAAAUGUGGAAAAAUGUGAAAAGUAUUCCAAACAUUGAGCGCCAACGUCGCAAUUCGAUUAAGCCGAAUGUAUUGCCCCCGGUGAGUGCCCACCAGUUCUCAGUCGACUGUAGUCGGGCUCACAGAGGCAUGUUUUUUGGCAUCAUGGUGAUUGUUCUGACCAUCAUUUGUCUAAUAAUGUAUUUUGUGCUUCGAGAAGAGCCCAAUUACGAAAAAACUGCCAUCAGCGAAGUUGUCUAUUGCGAAAUGAUUUUAUACAUCCUUACAACCCUGGCCGUUCUGUCGGCUGUGUUUACGAUGCGAGAUCUGAAAUUUUUGCGUAAAUCAAACGAUCAUCAUGGCAGUGCAGUUGCACUGGAUUGUACUUUAUUGGUUGUGGCACAGACCGGCGUCUAUCUGUACGGUUCGUUUAGCAUAAUCGGAUGCUAUUUCGCAAUGCUCGAUAAUGUGAGCGGAAGUUCAGAAUCAUUGUGCGCUGAAAUCUUAUGCUUAUUGCAAACAUCACUGCAAACAUUGUUCGUGCUGAAUGCCAGUUGGCGAAAAUGCAAAGGCGCACAGCAGCAGCGGAACAAACCAGGACGUGAAAUGGUCACAUUUUUGCUGGUGGCAAACAUGUCACUUUGGUUCAUUUACACGCUGAUCAAGAGUCGAGCCGGUUUCAGACCAACUCAUUUAGGUUUCUAUGGAGUUUGGGCUUGGACAGUGAUUACUCAUGUCUCGAUGCCACUUGCCAUUUUCUAUCGAUUUCACUCCAGUAUUUGCCUAUUCGAAAUAUGGAAAUCAGUCUACAAAACAAAAGAACAUUAAGAAUCGUUUUAAGCACAUUACUUAG